CUGCACUGCAAUCAUGCACGUGCUCGCAUUUUGGUUAUGGACAGAAUGUUCAUUUUUUUGUGCUACUUCUGAAACAUUUUCCAAGUAUAAUGUCCAAAUUAUUCGAGUGUCCUGAGUGGGAUUCUAUCCCUAAGAGUGCAGUAAACUAUAAUUUCAAGAAGAAUGUAAACAAAGUGAAGAAUGGGAAGGUUUCCAAGGAUAAGAAGAAAAAUAAAAAGAAGAAACUACCCAAGAAGGAUUUGGAGGACUUUAAAUUACCUCCACAGAAUGAGCCAGGAAGAUUCGUGAAGAUCCAUAAGGAUGUUGACGAGAAGGUUCAUCAGAAAUCUCCGGCAAAAACAGAAGCUCAAGGACUUCGGGAAAGAUUAAUUGGAAGUCUCAAGGGUUCCCGCUUUCGAUUCAUCAAUGAGCAAUUGUACACAAGUAAAGGAAAAGAUGCUGUUAAGAUUUUCGAAGAGGAUACAACAGCCUUCAAAGUCUAUCACGAAGGCUACAGGCAGCAAGUAUCCCAAUGGCCACUAAAUCCCCUCGAUGUGCUCAUAAAGUCCGUCCGGAAGAUGCCUAAGGACUAUGUCAUCGGAGACUUUGGAUGUGGAGAAGCCAGAUUGGCGAAAUCUGUUCCCAAUAAGGUUUACUCUUUGGAUCUUGUGGCUGCCAAUGAGGAUGUCAUAGCUUGUGACAUGGCAAAUACUCCAUUGAAGAAAAACUCCCUCAACGUUGUUGUCUUCUGCUUAAGCCUAAUGGGAACUAAUCUAAAGGAUUUCCUCUUGGAGGCUAACAGAGUUCUCAAAAUGGGCGGAAUUGUCAAAAUUGCGGAAGUUCAAUCGAGAUUUACUUCUGUUAAGGAUUUUGUAAAAUGCGUGGAAAAAUGUGGCUUCAAAUUGAUGGAUAAAGAUCUCAGGAAGAACUACUUUUUCUUCAUGAACUUCAAGAAAAUCAAUAAUGUCAUUAAUUCCAAGCAACUGGAGGACUUUAGCCUCAAACCAUGUCUUUACAAGAAAAGAUAAUAAAAUUUAAACAAUAAAAAUUCUCAGGAAA